AUGUUAAGAUCAUUCAAAUCUAUUCCAGCCAAUGGAAAAUUGGCCCAGUUUGUCAGAUAUGCAUCAACCAAGAAAUACGACGUUGUUGUCAUUGGUGGAGGACCAGGUGGGUACGUUGCCGCCAUCAAGGCCGCUCAGUUAGGGUUGAAUACUGCCUGUAUUGAAAAAAGAGGAGCAUUGGGUGGUACAUGUUUGAAUGUCGGCUGUAUCCCAUCGAAGUCUUUAUUGAACAACUCCCAUUUAUUACACCAAAUCCAACACGAAGCAAAAGAAAGAGGUAUUUCCAUUCAAGGUGAAGUUGGCGUCGAUUUCCCAAAAUUGAUGGCUGCCAAGGAAAAAGCCGUCAAACAAUUGACCGGUGGUAUUGAAAUGUUGUUCAAAAAGAACAAGGUUGACUACUUGAAAGGUGCCGGUUCAUUUGUCAACGAGAAGACCGUCAAGGUCACUCCAAUUGACGGCAGCGAGCCACAAGAAGUAGAAGCCGACCAUAUCAUUGUUGCUACUGGAUCUGAGCCAACCCCAUUCCCAGGUAUUGAAAUUGAUGAAGAAAGAAUUGUCACUUCAACUGGUAUCUUAUCAUUGAAAGAAGUACCAGAAAGAUUAGCAAUCAUUGGUGGAGGUAUCAUUGGUUUAGAGAUGGCCUCAGUUUACUCAAGAUUGGGUUCUAAGGUCACUGUUAUUGAAUUCCAGAACGCUAUUGGUGCCGGUAUGGAUGGUGAAGUAGCCAAACAAUCUCAAAAAUUAUUGGCUAAACAAGGAUUGGACUUCAAAUUGGGUACCAAGGUUGUUAAAGGAGAAAGAGACGGUGAAGUGGUCAAGAUCGAAGUGGAAGAUGUCAAGUCCGGUAAAAAGUCCGACCUUGAAGCCGAUGUCUUGUUGGUUGCCAUUGGUAGAAGACCAUUCACUGAAGGUUUGAACUUUGAAGCCAUUGGCUUAGAAAAGGACAACAAAGGAAGAUUGGUUAUUGAUGACCAAUUCAAGACUAAACACGACCACAUCAGGGUUAUUGGGGAUGUCACAUUUGGUCCUAUGUUGGCACACAAAGCCGAAGAAGAAGGUAUCGCUGCUGCUGAAUACAUCAAAAAAGGUCAUGGUCAUGUAAACUAUGCUAACAUUCCUUCUGUUAUGUAUACUCACCCAGAGGUUGCUUGGGUUGGUUUAAACGAAGAACAAUUGAAAGAACAAGGCAUCAAAUAUAAAGUAGGUAAAUUCCCAUUCAUUGCCAACUCCAGAGCAAAAACCAACAUGGACACUGAUGGUUUCGUGAAAUUCAUCGCUGAUGCCGAAACCCAAAGAGUGUUGGGUGUCCACAUUAUUGGUCCAAAUGCCGGUGAAAUGAUUGCUGAAGCUGGUUUGGCCUUAGAAUAUGGUGCCUCCACCGAAGACAUUUCGAGAACAUGUCAUGCUCACCCAACCUUAUCUGAAGCUUUCAAGGAAGCUGCUUUAGCAACUUUUGAUAAGCCAAUUAACUUUUAA